UUGGCAGCCAUAAUUUGCCUAAUAUAAUUUUCCAAAAUUUCAAAGGUAGGAUGAUGGAAGCAUCUGCCAGUAUAACACGGUUGUCCUAACUCGUAUACACACUAUUAUUGCUACUUCCUUGCAUCAAUCUGUACCAAUAAAAAUAGGAGGGAGAAUAUUGGAGAAGAGAGAAAGCGUGGAAUGCUGAGAUCUUGUGGUAGAAUCAAUACGAAAUUUUAGGGGAGAAGUUGGGUUGUGUAUAUGGGGGGUAGUAGUUCAUUUGUUGAUGGAGUUCUUCGAUGGUUUCAUCGUCGUCACACUAAUGAAGAUGCGAUCUUGACUCAACCCCACAAUUCUGCAGAUACCCAUUUACAAGAAAAACAAGAAAAUAAACACGAAUUUACUAUUACUGAAGACUUUGACUUUACCGGUUUAAAGCUCAUCAAAGUACCCAAGCGUUUUCAUUUGCCUAUUUCUUCUUCUUCCAUGGAUCCUAUCAAAAAGAAUGCGUUAGAGACGGAAUUCUUUACUGAAUAUGGAGAGGCAAGUAGAUACCAAGUUCAGGAAGUUAUUGGCAAAGGAAGCUAUGGAGUUGUGGGGUCUGCUGUUGAUACCCAUACUGGUGAAAGAGUUGCAAUCAAGAAAAUUAAUGAUGUCUUUGACCAUGUUUCUGAUGCGACAAGAAUCUUGAGAGAAAUCAAGCUUCUUCGGCUACUUAGGCAUCCAGAUAUUGUAGAAAUAAAGCACAUUAUGUUGCCUCCUUCUCGAAGAGAGUUUAAAGAUAUUUAUGUUGUUUUUGAAUUGAUGGAAUCAGAUCUCCAUCAGGUAAUUAAGGCCAAUAAUGAUCUUACACAUGAGCAUUAUCAGUUUUUCCUCUACCAGCUUCUGCGUGGACUAAAAUAUAUUCAUACAGCAAAUAUCUUCCACCGGGAUUUAAAGCCGAAAAAUAUCCUUGCUAAUGCUGACUGUAAGUUGAAGAUAUGUGACUUUGGGCUUGCUCGUGUAUCAUUCAAUGAUGUGCCAUCAGCUAUUUUCUGGACUGAUUAUGUUGCAACUCGAUGGUAUCGUGCUCCUGAGCUAUGUGGUUCCUUCUUCUCUAAGUAUACUCCUGCUAUUGAUAUAUGGAGCAUCGGAUGCAUAUUUGCAGAGUUGCUUUCUGGAAAACCAUUAUUUCCUGGAAAGAAUGUGGUGCAUCAAUUAGACCUAAUCACAGAUUUGCUUGGGACACCUCCUCCAGAAACAGUUGCAAAGAUUAGAAAUGAAAAGGCUAGAAGAUACCUCAGCAGCAUGCGGAAGAAACAACCGGUUGGAUUUGCAAAAAAGUUUCCAAAUGCAGAUCCUUUGGCAUUACGCCUACUUGAACGACUGCUUGCAUUUGACCCUAAAGAUCGGCCAUCAGCAGAAGAGGGAUUAGAGGAUCCUUAUUUCCAUGGUUUAUCAAAUGCUGAUCGUGAACCAUGUAGACCACCAAUAUCAAAGCUUGAGUUUGAAUUUGAGAAGAGGAAAUUGGCAAAAGAUGAUGUUAGAGAACUCAUAUAUCGCGAGAUUUUAGAAUAUCAUCCUCAGAUGCUUCAGGAGUAUCUUUCUGGUGGAGAUCAGACUAGUGGCUUUAUGUACCCAAGUGGUGUUGAUCGGUUCAAGCGACAAUUUGCACAUCUUGAGGAGCAUGCUGGUAAAGGUGAACAUAGUGCUCCAAUUCUGAGGCAGCAUGCUUCCUUGCCUAGAGAGCGAGUUCCUGCACCAAAAGAUGACACCUCUUCCCAAAAUAAUGAUUGUGAAAAGAGAACUGUUUUAACAACUCUUCAGAGUCCACCAGCGCAGUCUGAGGGAUCAGAGAACUACAGUGCUCGUAGCUUGCUGAAGAGUGCUAGCAUCAGUGGUUCCAAGUGUGUGGAAGUUAAAAGAAGAAACGCAGAGGAAGAGCCAAUCGAAGAACAAAACGAAGAAGUUGAUGGUUUGUCUCAAGAUGUUGCUUCUCUUCAUGUUUAAUUCUCUGCAGAACCAUUUGUCCUGCAAAUCAACAUUUUGAAGUUUCACUCCUUGAUUUCAGCUAGAAGCUAACUGUAGGUUGUCAGUUCCUAUUGUGUUAUAAAAUAUUACUUAGUAUAGUAGGAAAGAAAACUCGCCAGCUAUCAAAAUUUUCUCAUUAGAUGACAAGGUUUCAAAUUUGUAACGAUUUCAUAAACACUACUUCCUACCCUAACUAACAUAUAGUCUUUCUUAAAUAUCUUUCCUUGUAUGUACA